AUAACGAUAACAGUUAUCAUUGAUAACCUGAUUUUCACGUUUAAAUCGCACAUCCGUCUGUUUAAACUUAUAUUGAUUUCGAUUUUAAAUUUACAACUAAGAUUGACUGUGAAAUAUCUGUCAUUUCAAUAUAAUUGUGUUUACAUUUAUGCCAAUUCUAAUAUUCUGGUUUUUUUAGCCUUGUUUUAUGAAUUAACGGGAGUUAUUUCAGCGCUUGAGUGGAGUUAAAAUAAUAUGAGUGUCCAACGAUUGUUAGCUAAAAAUAAUAUUGUUUCAAAGUGUUUGCUAUUUAAAUUCAUAGUUGGACGACGACAAUUGGGUAUACAAUACGUAAGAAAUUUGUGUGUAGUCAGCAGUCGAAGUGCAGAUCGUUGGCAAGUGUUUAGGGAAAAAUUGUUCCCGGUUUACCCCAGUUUUCCGUCUUGGAAAUGGUUGUUUGCCUUUUCGCUUAUGUAUGCUGGUUAUGAUAGUCAAAACAUUUUUGAAUUAUUAAUUCAAGGAAAAGCUGAAGAUUUGACUCGAUUUUUAAAAAAAAAUCCUAAAAAUGCUAAUCAAUGCCAUACAUUUGGUUGGGCUCCAUUACAUGUUGCAGUAGCAAAUGGAAAAAACAAACACUUAGAAGUUUUAUUAAAAUUUGGAGCAGAUCCAGAUAUAAGUGAAGGUUUCUCUAAUUAUUUAAUUGUUGCUCAAAAACUGGAAAUUCACCCUAGUGAUGUGUUAUCAUCAAGAGAGAAAUACUUUAAGGACAAUUUUAAUGCUAACGCUACAUUUAAAGGAUUCACUGCUCUUCAUUAUGCUGCAUUAUUGAAUGAUACUGAAUCUUUAAAAAUUCUAAUACAAUACGGAGCUAAUCCAUUUAUAAAAUCUGCAUCCAAUCAUAGACCAAUAGAUUUAGUUUCAGACCAUGAAGUAUAUGAUCUACUCAAAGAGUAUGAAAAAAAUUUUGAACAAAUUAAAAAAAAACGUAAUGCAGAGUACCGAAAAAAAUUUCCUCUGGAAUUGCAGCUAUCACAAAAUAUCAUUGGUCAAGAAAAUGCUAUUAAAGUUGUUUCUUCUGCCAUUAGACGUAAAGAAAAUGGUUGGACAGAUGGAGAACAUCCUUUAGUUUUUCUCUUUCUUGGUUCAUCUGGUAUUGGUAAAACUGAGUUGGCUAAACAGGUUGCUAAAUGCUUACACAAAAAAGAUGUAAACAAUUUUAUUAGACUUGACAUGUCCGAGUAUCAAGAAAAUCAUGAGGUUUCAAAAAUGAUUGGUUCUCCGCCAGGUUAUAUUGGACACAAUGAAGGUGGUUACUUGACCAAACAGCUAAAUAAAAAUCCAAAUUCUGUAGUAUUGUUUGAUGAAAUUGAAAAAGCUCAUACAGAUAUAUUAACAAUAUUGUUACAGUUAUUUGACGAGGGACGUUUAACUGAUGGAAAAGGAGAAACAAUUGAAUGCAAAAAUGCAAUAUUUAUUAUGACUUCAAACCUAGCUAGUAAUGAAAUAGCUGAGCAUGCUUUAGAUCUAAGAAAAGAGCAACGUGAAAAUAGAUUAAGAGAAGAUAAAAAACUAUCUGAAGAUAAAGUUCAAAAAAAUGAAGAUGAAAUGUUCAUAUCAAAUCAUUUCAAAAAUAAAAUUAUAAAACCUAUUUUAAAACGUCACUUCAAACGAGAUGAGUUUUUGGGUCGAAUUAAUGAAAUUGUAUACUUUUUACCAUUUUCGGAAACUGAAUUGAAAAAUAUUGUACAAAGAGAAUUGGAACAUUGGAAAGAACUGGCCUUAAACAAACACGGAGUAAAUAUUUUUUGGGAUAGUGCAGUUGAACACGUUAUAAUAGGCGCUUAUGAUGUAAACUACGGUGCUAGAUCUAUUAAACAUGAAGUUGAAAGAUCUAUUGUGUCUCAAUUAGCUAAGGCUCAUGAAAGUGGGGAGAUCAAAGAGAACUCUUCUGUAAAAAUUGUAGCAGAUCUGUCCAAAGGCGAACAUGGCACUAUCUCUCUGAAAAUAUUGCCUGAAAAAAUAUUUAAAAAUGUUGAUGAAAUCUUUUGAAUUUGUUUGUAUUAUUAUUUUUUGUAUAUAACCAUCUCUUUUCUAAAAACUAUAAUUGAAAAUAUUGUUUAUUGUUUGCAUAACAUAGUUUUAUAAUGUUUUAGUAGUUAGCAUACAACUGUACUUUCAUUGUAUUUGUUUUUUUUUUUUUAAAUUUAUUUGCUCCUUAAAAUGUAUAAAUAAUAGUUAAGGAAAAAAUCUGGAUUUGGCAAAGUUUUAAAAUUCUGAUUUUUGGAAUUCGAAAUCCGAAAUCCGAAUAUUAUUGUAAAUUUGGAUUCCUGAUUCUAAAAUCAGAAAACCCGAAAAUCUGUAGUUAGUGCGUUAACACUAAUAUUUUUAAAAUAGUUUUUAAUAUUAUUUAAUUUACCUUCAUACAGCUUUUCUAUGCUAGUGCAUAUUGCUUUUUGACAUGGUAUAUUAUAAUUUGGCUUAAUUUGGUUCAUAA